UCUGCCACGCGCACGUGCGCAGGCUGUAAAGAAUUAAGGUAUCAACUUAAAUAUCUCUCAGGUGUCCAAGGUGACGUUUUUCGGAAUCAAAACAACAACGAAUGGUAUAAAGCUGGCGUUAAGCUUGUCGAGGACAACAUAAAAUUAAAACCAAACACCAACACCGCUAAGAGCGCUAUUUUGUUCCUCGGUGAUGGAAUGGGUAUCACUACCAUCACCGCGACCCGAAUCCUGGACGGACAACAGAAGGGAAACACGGGAGAGGAGAAUGUUCUGAGCUGGGAAGUGUUUCCGUGGUCAGCUCUCGCUAAAACGUACACAGUUGAUCAACAGGGAACAGAUUCUGCGAGCUCCGCGACAGCAUUCCUGACAGGAAUAAAAACCAACGACGGUAAGUUUAAAACUUAACCGGGAUCCUCAAACUUAUAUUGGCACCCAAACGCUGGAUAUUUUUAAGUUGAGGAGACCCAUUCCUUAAUUCACACGAGUGCUGUGAACAAGGUUAACACCGCAGCGCGAAUGUUACGUUUAUUGCAGCAAGAGAUAUUGCAGGACGUAGUUGCUUCAAAAGAAACAUGUACAAGUAGUGAGCAAUAUUAAAUGCAAUCGAGAGACCCAUCAUGGCCACUUGACGCAGUAUCACAUUUCAAGUGUUCGAGAAUUUGAGGCUAAAAUUAAAAUCUUCGUAUUCUCACCAAAAUUUUCAUUUCCUUCAUAAUCUGAAAUAUUUCCUUAGGCGUCAUUGCUGUAGAUUCAACAGUUACCCGAUUUCACUGCUCUUCAUUGACCGAACAGAGCAAAGCUGUCUCCAUUCUCACGCUUGCGGAGAAGGCUGGAAUGUCAACGGGAAUCGUCACCACCACGCGAGUUACACACGCAACUCCCGCGUGUUCAUAUGCUCACUCAGCAAACCGUGGUUGGGAAAGUGACGCCAAUAUUAAGAAGAGUGUUGGGGAUGAUGGUUCCAAGUGCAAGGACAUAGGUAGGAGUGUUUUAUUUUUUUUACUUUUAUUAUUCUUAUCUUUUAUUUGCCAAACAAUAAUAGAAAUUGCAAGUAAUAAUAUUUAACAAUUAUUCGCCGAAGGCGAAGUUAAUAUAUUAGUAUAUUCACACGAAGUGAUCUCAACAGAAUCAGAAAGGAAACCAUUAAAAAGCGAUUAGUUUGAUUGACGGGUGAAAAUUCAUGCGUGAACACGAAGCCGUAAACAGUGAAUGCGCAAAAGUUAGAUCUUUACAGUAUCUUCAAACAUGGCAAAUGAUAGUUUUAAUCCUUUUGUAUCGAGUUUUGUAAGCUUUAGCAUCAACGGUUUAAAAGAAAACGCCGAAAAUUUAAAUUACUACCCAAUUCUGAGAAGAAAAGUAUCUAGAGCUUUAUUUGUUUCCGUCAACUCACAGUGAAUGAGAAAGUUUUCUUCGCCGCUUCUUGCAAAUGCUGUCAACAGCGGCUGUGAUCAAGGUGAGCGUUGAUUAUCUCCAAAGUUCUUUGCCGUGUUAACUUGCUGGCAUGUACAAUUUUUGGAAAUAUUUGCCUUCCUCUCUUCUCCAUAAAUUAACUCUAUUUAUAGGCAAAAUUGGUCUUGCGAGAAAAUCCCGAAAUCACAAAACAUGCAGUGACAAAGCGACCUCGUUUUCCUCUGUAGUGGUAAACAUAGCUUCGAGCGUACAAAAAGUCAGCUAAAGUAAACCACUCCACAAUAAAUCACGCUGUUUAAACACCAUGAAGUCUUUUCUUGCCUUCAACGUCACCAGCACUUGGAUAUUCGUGUAUUUUCAAAAAGGUUUUACUUUGAAACUUUGGCAAAACACCCAGUUCACGACAGCGAUUUUGUUCGGCUUUAUAUUCACCGCCUAGCGCGGUGAAUAUAACGUCAUAGUCCGAGAUAGCUAACCAAUCAGAUUGCUUGAAUUACCAAGAUCACUGAGUGUGUAUAUACUAAAUAGAUUUAGCCAGGGCUAAAAGCGAAGCUCCUAUAUAUUAACUCGAAUUUAUAAUUUAAAUCAAACAAUAAACUUGUUUCCCACAAUUCAGUUAACUUUAGAUCACAUUCAUGUGACUUUUGAGGGAAGGGUUAAGUGAUUUUAGAGAAAAGUAAUUUGCAAACAGUCCAAGCUAAGAGUGAACUUAAUCUUACAUCGAGUUGAUAGCCUUAUAUGUACGGCCCAAAAAAUAACAAUCAUCUUCGAUCACAUUUAAGAGCGCGGGCUCUUGAUCACAGUAGAUUAGGCCUGGAAAACAAUUCUUGGAAAACAAAUCAGGCCGAAUGUUUUGUGUUCGACAAGUUUACUUUACAAAAUCUUGCCAACAAGUCUGGGGACGUAUAACCUAACCUUUUAUACUUUUUAUACAUCACCGGCAUCUGAGGUGAAACAGUACCAUGAGGCGCUGUUUUUAUCAUACAGACCUCGGACAGAAUGCAGUAUUUCACAAUUUUGCAAUAAAAAUUGCACUCACUCAAUAUUCAGGACGAUCAAAGCACGUGUGGGCUUUUUAGCGAAACCGUUAAAAAAAUUUCCAAAAUCACCUAUACGGCUAGCCGGUUCUCACUUUUGACAAGCGCCAAAGUCGACUGUUUAAAUUAUAAUUAAUAGAGUUAUACGCUUCAACAUAAUAAAGAAUUUAUUAUGUUUGUUUUUUAUUUAAUGGUUUUAUAACGAUGUUUAAUCGUCAAAAGCGUUUGGUACGCGCGGCAUUUUGACUACUCCUGCAUGCAAGCGAUGUUCAUGAGCGACGGAAAACAAACGGCACAGCGAUAAAAAUUGCAAAAGAGAAUACUAACAAUCAAUAAAAGGAAAAUAAUUCGGUGAAACAUAUACAGUGACAACAAUUUUCAUUUACGAAGACAAGUAUUAAAGUGUCUCUGAAAAUCCUUGUUUAUGUUUUUCAUUUUGUAAGCCGGCUUCCCGGUGUUUGCUUUUUCAAAAAUGAACUCGAGGCAAGAAAAUCGCUCAAAGCUUUCUUUUACAGCCAGAAUUAUAACUAAAUAUUGUUUGGAACGUUUUCUUUCUAUUUGCGGUGAAAAAAUGUCUAAAGGCUUUUUAAAGUUCUAUAAGCUUACAAUCAAACCUGAUACUCGGUCAGAUCAUUGUCUCAAAUCUUACCAUUAAAAACGUGAAUAAACUAAAUAGCCGCAUAAACUACGCUCGACUUCAUUAAAUUAGAUGUAAAAAACAAACGUCAAAUACAAUAAUUACUCGGGCUAACCAUUCAAGAUGCACUGAAAACUAUUUAAGUAAGGCCAGAAUCGCUUCAGACUUUUCAACCCUCUUACGCAUCCAGCAAGGUGAAAAACGAAAACGAUGCCAUCCGAAAUCGGAUUUCCGACGUUGACAAGCGAUGUAUCUCUCAACCAAAAAUCCAGUAAACAAACUAGCCAUGAAUAACAGAAGACUCUUGAUAGCAGCUGAAUUUCAUUUUGUACAUUCAGUGGAAAAAGACAGUUAAAAACAUCACAAGUUGACACAAAACUCUGUCAGCUUCAGCAAAGUAAACAAGUUUCAAGAUGCUGCAAAAUUUUCCGCAUGAACUCACCUGUCAAAUUUUGACCAAUCAGAGCAUAAAAAUUGGACGUAGAGCGUGACCAACUCGUGACCUUGGUGAGGAAAGUCAAAAGCAACUGGCAUGUCUUCCCUGCCUGUAAAACUGGCUGAAUUUUAGCUUCCUAGGUCAGUUUGAAAUCAUUUUAAUUGUGCGGCACAUACAAAACACAACAUAUUUCAUAUGAAUUAAAAAAAAUAAACUUGAGCCUGCGAUCAUUUGAAAACAAGUUACUUGUCAGCGGAUAACUUCAAAAAGAUAUCGACCUCGAUGGGUCGACACCUGAGCCCGCGAUACGGUCAGGUGAUCCUGGUCAGCGGAUACCCUGUUUUGACAGCUGUCAAUUGAUCACAACAUUGAUGUGCAAUAUAUGUGUGCAAUAUCAGUCUUCCUGUGCUCCCAAACUGGCUGGAAAGUGUGAGGAUUAAACACUGGUUUCCCUGUGGUGCGGACGGACGGGCGGGCGGUGUACGGUCACGUGAUUACCAAAUUUUCUGGGAUGGGUAGAUUUACUUACCCAUGGUGCUCCGCAGGCGCGCUUCGCGCGCCAGAGCUCCGCUAUAAAAAAAAGUAGAAAAAAGAAGUGACGAGGAGACCUAACAGAAACUAUAGGAGCUUAUGAGAGGUUAGGCCUCUUCGAACUACGGGCUAGAGCUGUUUAACAUCAAUUGGAGAAAAGGUGGAGAAAAGUCGAAGUUGGAAAAAUUUAUGAUCGUUUUUCAUACUUACUUAAUAAUUUAAUCUUUAGUAUUUUCCUAAAAGAGGAAAGAGAUUGAGAGUUGAAGACCUCGUCGUCAAGUGAACCAAACAACGUAGGUCCUUAAAAAAAGGGCGAGAACUUCUUAGUGUUUGUUCGACAAUACGGUAGACGGUAGGCCUGGGAAUUCCUUGUAUUGUAAAAAAGGAAUUGAAUUCUUUGGGAGAGCAUUAGCAUUGAAAUGUGAUUUAUUAAUAAUUCUAAUAAUGCGCUUUAUGCAUGUUCAUUGUAAAUAGAGGCAUUUUCUAACUAUUACCGUACGCGUGCCUAGCCCGUUGAAGGGAAACGGCGUACGAGCUAGGUCAGCCCCUUUCCUGUCUGUACUUGUAAGUGACACUGUCAGAUUUCAAUUAUAGUAAACUAGGCAAUAUUAGAUCAAAGAGUGUUCUUUUUUCUUUAGCAAAAAGGAGAAAUUUGUCGUUAAACGUUUUACUGCUUUAUGUAUACUGUUACAAAAUGAACUGAUAAACAUGAGGCCAUCAAGUACCAUCAGUGAGUAGAGGACUGUGUAAGAGUGGUAACGAUUCAAAAGUGUGCGCAUGCCAGUUAUAAUUUCAUGGUGUUUUUUAUUUUCCCAGCCUGAAGCCAGGUACUUGUAUAAAACUGCGAUUCGUACAGAAUGUUCGCAUUGAUUGAAAUUGAUUUAAUUUAACUGUUUUCAUUUGAUUUUGAAUUGACUGCUUUGAUUUGACUGUUAGCAAUUGACUUUGUUAAUUUUAUAAUUACAGCCUUACAACUUGUUGAGUAUCCCUAUGGAGAUGGCAUCGAGGUUGUAUUCGCUGGCGGCCGCAGGAAACUCAUGCACAAGAAUCAGACAGAUCCGGAAUACCCGGAUAAAAAAGGAGAGAGACUGGAUGGCAGAGACCUGAUUCAAGAGUGGGUCAAUAAACACCAGAACUCGAAAUAUGUCUGGAACAAAACUGAGUUUGAGAAGAUUAAUGUGGAGGAAGUCGAUCACGUGAUAGGUACGAAACAUUUUAUGAGAAAUAAAGCGGGGGAAGGAAGUAAUCAAGGAAUACACAACGUGCUAAUAGCAAUCUGGUGCCCCAUCCUUUACCUACAGAUAUACAUGCUCACAGUUACCGGGCCUUUAGAGAGUAGUAAGGCAGGCUUGAUCUUGCUUGUUAUGACAGAAAUCAAAGUGCUUUUCAUCUGUAAAUAAAAUCUACUUAGAACAGAAAAAAAUAACUUAUGUUUGAGAAACAUGCAGUGAAAAGAGAAAUUAAAAUACAUAAGUGUGGGAGAGCACGUUGUUCCUUGCGAAUUGUAAUGAAGUUGUCACAUAAUAAGCCUCUUGUUUUAGAAAUCUGCCGUGUGUUUUUGUUCGAACUACAAACGAGCUCAAGUGUGUAAUUGAUGAGAUGCCAAUAGAUCUGGACUAAAAAACAGCUAUAUAAUAACUGGAUUAAAAAGAAAUUCCUCUGACAACCAAAUUGGUCUGGGCCUACGGCCUCUUCCAAUUCAGUUUGGCUGUCCUCAGAAUUCAUCCAAACAGGCCACUUGCACUAAGAAGUCACGUGACCAAUGCUUCCUUUAAACAAUGAGUUGGAAUCUUGCUGAUGCCAAAAAUUGUUAGAACGCAUAAAAAUUUUCUUACACCCAAAAUCUGAGAGGAAACGCGUUUAAGGGAGAUAUUUUAUGGCACUUUGAUUUUUCAACAAAGUAGUAUGAUUUGUAUUGGCUGCCGGCAUGUUGGAGGGCAUGCUCUUGCCCUCCAACAUGGCGGCCAAAACAACUUUUUGCUUAUAUCUUGUUCAACGUUUGAUAGUUACGCUCAGAUGUGCUGUAAACGUUAUCACAUCAUCUUUUCGACAUUUUCCUUGAAGUUUAAGUGCAAAACUUGUGUUCAGAGAGAGGUAAUUCAUAAUUUUUAAAAUCAUAUUUUGUUCACGUGACCAUUUACGAACUUAUUCAUUUUAAGAAAAUGGUGCGGGUUUGAAAAAACCAAAUCACCAUUAUUUUGUUUAAGAUAUGACCCACUAAUCGUUUUUUGAAGGCAAAAUCAUAUAACUUUCAUUUUCAUAAAAACGAUGUCACAUGACCUCUUAGUGCAAAUGGCCUAUUGGAUAUUAACAGAGCUCCACGCGCUCGAGCGAAGCGCGCAAGAGCGGAGCCCCAUUGCUAAGAAAAUUUGGUAAUUUACACAUCCGAUAAAUUUUGGUUGUGACGUCAGCGUACGUACGCCCGCCCGUACAUUCUCUGUGGGAAAGGGAAGAGAGUCUGGAGUCAACUUGUCUGGGGCAGGACUACGUUAUAUUUUCUUAGCGGGAAAUCGUGCGAUGCAUUUAUGCAACCCGCGUUUUUCUGAGCGGGAAAUCGAGCAAGAAAUCGUGUGGCCAUUAUCGUCGCGUUUAAAAACUUGUUUAUCUUGAUGUGAGGUUUUGGCUUGCUUUUUACCUGGUCAAGCUUUUGGGUACACUCCAGGAACAACCUAGUCUCCUGUAUUCACAUAAUCUUUGCAUUUGUUACCUGUCCUUUAUUGAAGGGACACCUAUUCAGGGAAUGAUUGUCUUGGUCCCGCGGGUGUCCCCUGAAUGGAAGUUCCACUGUACUAAUUCGGCUCCCUUAAAUCAGGGCCAGUACAGUCCAUGCCAAUUACCCUAGGUCUGAUUCGGACCCAAGACCUGAAAACGGGUACUAGCAUGGGCUGGAUAGCCUCUUAGAAUGACCAUUUUGGCUUAAAUUUUGCUCAAAUGGCUCCAGGAGGGGCUGAAUCAGAUUCUAACCAGAUCUUUUUAAUUUUGAGUGUAUGUGAUCCUAUGGAUCUAGUCUGCUACGCAGAAAUAACCUACCCUGCAUAUUGGUAUCAUAACCAAUCUAUGGCAUAUGUGUAUGUGCUUAAAUUUUGACUGCGAAGCAGGCUAGAGAGUGUUUUCACUCACGUGGCCAGCAUCUAUGCAAAUUUAUUGGAACAAAAGAAAGCGUUUGCAUAAGAAAAGAGUUCAACUCCCAGAGGAUUGGUUUGGGACACCAACAUGGCCGCCGUUUCAUUGUUUUGGGACACCAAUAUGGCCGCCGUGACGUCAUGUGAAAACACUCUAUUGUAAUUAGCUGGCUUUUAAACUUUCUAAAGAUAGGAAGAUUCCGCUGAAGAGUUAUUUUCAUUGAAUUCGUCGCCUUCUUCUUUUGAAAUGAGAGAAAGGAAUAAGUGAUUAGGAAGUUCUAAGCGAAAGCUUCAACUAACUAUCCUGUUCCCUAUUUUCAAGGACUUUUUGAACACUCUCACUUGAAGUACGAAGUUGAGCGAGCUGCUGACAAGGCCGGUGAACCGUCCAUUGCGGAAAUGACGGAGAAAGCCAUUCAAAUACUUCAGAAGAACCCUAAAGGCUUCUUCUUGUUAGUUGAAGGUUGGUUUCGCAUUUUAUUAUCAACAACUGUUUUUAUGACAUUUUUGUGAUAACCAUUACAAGAGUCAAUGAAUUAUAGUCCUUCAGUAUAAUAAAAGAACUUAAACGAACUAUAGCUAAAUAUGGUUGUUUACUCAAAAGAGAUAAAUGUGUUAAUUUUAGGAAAAGAGUGAUGCAGCAUUGCUCCACAGGAUAUUUAACAGUUAAUGAAUGAGGCUGAGUAUCUUAUGAAGAAUUAUGGAGUUCGAGGAGGGUAUUAUCCGUCGAGGCCGUAGGGGAGCCGAGGCGGAUAACACCCUCCGAGAUUUCCAUAAUUCUUCAUAUGAUACGAAAGGGGAAUUCAAUAACUGUCUUAUUAUUCAUUCAAAAUAAUUCCUAGUUUAAAAACAUAGCUAAAACAUGCUUACCUCCAUCGAUCCAUCGAUGUUCAGUUCAUCUUCGAUAGUGUACGUUUAGGUUUGUCCAGCUCCGCAAAUAUUCUCCAAAUAGCAGACGUCACCCUGCGAGUUGUCUUCUUGCUGUUCUUACAUGUUUUUAGCUAUUUUUUCGCUUAGUUCUUACUCUUGAAACGAGUGAAAUGUCCGCCAUUUUUUCAAGUUCACAACCAACAAACAACUCAACCUCGUCCCCAGGUCUUCCCGCUUAACGGUGCCUUAACCUGCGAAAACGCUGCAUUUUUGACGUCAUUUCCUCGUUAAAGUCAAAAUUCUUCCAAAUUUGGUCAUCAUUAACUGGUUAUGGUGAAUUAAACGUGUGCUUUUAGCCAAUCAAAAUCGGGGAAAUAUUUUGAAUGAAUUUAAUUGGUAUUAUUAGAAGCCCUGAAUGAUCUUACUUUUUGGUGAAAUAAGACCGAUUCGUCUCCCACAAUUGCUCUUUCUUUAAAAAGACGCGUUUCUCGUGUUCUGUUUUAAGGGGGCCGCAUUGAUCACGGACAUCACGAUGGCAAGGCUGUCAAAGCUCUUAAUGACGCGGUUGCAAUGAAUAAAGCGGUUGCUAAGGCCUUGGAAAUUGUAAACAAAGGUAAACCAUUGCCCAUUGUUUUUUAUCAAGUGCAUACCAUCUGUAUUUUUGUUUUCCAUUGGAUGAUAACGAUUUCAAACUCAUUUACUAUAACUGGCAGUUUGCCUGUGAUACUUUGCCAUUUAUCAAGAAGAAGCUGAUCAUAGACAGUCUUUAUUUUUUAAGACUGUUAUCAGGCCUGUCAAUGUGGGGAAGGGACGACACCUUUUCCUCUCCAUUUUAUCGUUCUGUUUACCAUUUCUCUAAAUCCCCCCAUUAUACCAGCAUAAAAGCUGUCCCUUAUUGUCCUCAAAAGAAGGUCCUUAACAUCUGGGUUUUUCUUCACUAAAUCUUUAUUGGUCGGAGAGACAGACCAAUUCACAAAUAAAGGAGCUGGGUUAACUGUAUAGACCAUUGUUUUACUUUUGACAUGUCAUUCCUCAUUACACAUUUCUACGAUCAAGAAAGGCCCCUCUCACUGGAGGAUCCAUCCAGACUCUGAGAUAAGGGGGCGCCCGGUCUCAUUUUGGUCUAAAAAUAAGGGGGGGCCCGGCUCCCCCGGCCCUUCCCCUGGAUCCGACACUGCCUCAAACUCUUCGAUUGAACUCCCUUCCUUCGUCUCCAAGAAUGCGGUGCCUAAGUUUAUUAUGCGAUCUAGCUUCUCAUUCCGGACGCCUGAAUAUUGCGAGAACUAUUUUCUUACUGACUGCUCCAGAAAUAAUCAAGAAAUCAUGCAACCUUCACUUCUGUUAUGGAGGUUUUUUCACAUUAGGGACUGGUCAAAAAGUAUAGGGGGGGGUGGGCCGGAGCAGAGAGGGGGUGGGUCAUGAGGUUUUGAGCCUUGUGCAAGGGGUGGGUCGUGCAAUUUUCAGCUACCCUCAGGGGGUGGGUCACCCUAUUUUUUACUAACUACUAACGAGAAAGUUGACUACACUUGUUAUAUAACAGGCCACUUGUUAUAUGACAGGCCGCACAUCUAUACGGGCGAGGAACCCUCUGUCAACCUUUUUUUUUUUCGGCUCUAACGAGCAUGUUCCGUUAACAAUUUUCCUUUUUUGUAAGGAAAUGAUUGGGGGUUCUUUUAAAAUUUAUUGAAGGUAUAGUUGGUUUUGUAUAAGAUUCCAUUUUUUCAUUCAAGCUUCCUUUAUAGUAUCUACACUGAGGGCUGGUAUUGUGUCACGAAUGGCAAUAUUUCUUUUUCCUCCUUGUCGUUUUGUUUUACAAGUUAAGACUCCCUUUUGUGAAUUUUAUUUCUGAUAGUAGGUUUUCUAUCAAAGAUAGGGGGCACUCAACGAGAAUAUGGUUCAAAACCACUUAAACAUAGCAUUGUUAAACGUAUUUUAGUAUUUAAAGAGUAGAUAUAGGCAUAUUUUUAUCCCCUAAAAAUUUUCCAUCUAUUCGGAUCUCCUAGCUGAAAGUCUAGUGAUACGAAAAUUAUAGGGAUCAAAACUCAACUUUUCGAAAAUUUCAGCAAGAAAAAAGGCUCCCGAAAAUUCUAGGUGACCUUAGGGUAAAAAUCCGUUAAAAAUGGGCAAUUAUACCAUUUUUUUAGAUGUUCGAAAAUCCUAGGAGGGGCAGACAAGCAAGAAAUUUUACAACAAAUGUUCCGAAAAUUCUAGAUCUCAAAUCGUCUUUCGAACAAAUAUUUUCCGAAAAUUGAUGUUGGGUGCCCCUGAAAGAUUGUGGGUAGCCUCCGUCCGUCAAGCGUUUUUUUUUUUAAAUUUGAAUUAUUUUCCUCAAAGGUUGUUUCUGAGGAGUUUUUUCGUAGGAUUCUUAAGGCUUCUCCUUUGACAAAUUCUUUUUUAACAUUUGGAGGGUGACACGAGGUGAAAUGUGUGUGCAAGAAGCUUUCCGUUUGUUUAAAAUGUGUCUUUGCAUCAAGGAUAGAUUUUUCCUUGAAUCUUGUGCCUUUGUAUACAACAGUGUCUAAAAACGCAGUCUCAGUGUCAAAUGUUUCGGCCGUGAAUUCAAUAGUUAGGUGAUGUAUGGUUGCUUGUUCAAUGAAGGCUUCGAUGUCUGGUUUACUCAUGUCCCAUAGGGAAAAGAUAUCGUGUACGUGGCAUUUCCAAACCGUUGUUCCAAAGACAGUUUUGCUUAGAGUUGUUGUUUCAAUAUAUGUCAUGAAAAUAUUGGCAAAAGAAUCCAAACUGCUGUCUUUGUGCCCAUUGCAGUUCCAUGGUUUUGUAGGUAUUGCUUUCCACUGAAGUGGAAGAAAUUUUCGUUGAGGAUUAAUCUAAGCAUUUCCGGCAAGUAAUGUGUAGGAAUGGGUUGUCUUUGUUGAAAUUUUCAUAUGCUUUGUGACAGAUAAAUUCAAUAUACCCUCGUUUUGCUGUAUAUUUGUGUCAAGACUCAUAACGUCCCUUGAAACAAGAAAUGUUCGGUUUUUCACAUUUGUCUUUUUAGUGAAAGGUAUGAUUUCUGUGAUUUUGAUAUUGCUUGUAGCAGUGUAUCAACAAAUUUUGUAAAGCACAGAACAAGGUUUUAUUGGAUUAUUAAGAGGAAACCGAACAUCCAUGUUUUAACUAGGGGGUGGGUCAUGCAAUUUCCAACCUUGCUUUAGGGGUGGGUCAGUCAUUUUUGUGCCGAAGGGAGGGGGUGGGUCAUGUGUUUUUUAUCAACCAUAUUUCCAAAUGCUCCGGCCCACCCCCCCCUAUACUUUUUGACCAGUCCCUUACCGAAUACCGUCUAUCCCCGUUGGGUGUUGAGAGUAGUAACGCAUCUCUCUUUCCAUUAUGUGAUUGAACCAAAAAAGUGCCAUAUUUCUAUGCAAAUAGUGUGCAAUAUACUGUACUUUUGAAACGCGCAUUUGCUAAUCUUAUUAACUAUUACUUGGAUCUUCAGACGAAACGUUGAUAACAGUAACAGCCGACCACUCUCACGUCUUUACCAUCGGCGGAUAUCCUAAACGUGGGAACCCUGUGUUUGGCAUAAUACAAGAGGUAGACAAUACCUUUGCUGUUGACAAAGACAAAAGAACAUACACUACCCUUGGGUAUGCAAACGGACCAGGUGGACUGAACGGAUCUCGUCAAGACCUGCGCAAUGUAAACACCUCUCACAAGGACUUUCUUCAGCAGGCUACAGUUCUUACCGGAUGCGAGACUCAUGGAUCAGAAGAUGUUGGUGAGAAUUGGCCCAAACUUAGAACUACGCUUAGAGCAGUGUCUUUAUCAACACAUUAGCGGCAGCAUUGCUUAUUGUAGUCUCGUGCUAAAACUCGCUAUUUUAUGGAUAUUGAUGAUUUUUCCGAAGCAGUCAGGAGAAUAUAAUGAGCAGUGUCUUUAUCAACACAUUAGCGGCAGCAUCACUCAUUUUAGUCUCGUGCUAAAACUCGUUAUUGUAGGGAAUCGAAGGGGUUUGGGUGAGAUAUGUGCUUUUCACUUAAGUUAUUUCCAGCGUCUGCAGUUUUAAGGAAGUCUAAUUCCUGAGUAGUCUGCACAUAUCCUAAGGGCUAGACUGGGCGUUUUCCCUCACUGUCUGAUUAUUCUCUGCUCCAAUUAAAACUUAAGGCUGUGACAGAUCAUGUUAUCGUCUUGUUUUAAUUCUACUUCUACAAGGUUACUUUGCCUGCCAAGAUAAAUCGAGACAGGACCUCUCACAGGCGAGCCCGGCGUCCAAAAAGUAGGGGGCUUGGGGUCUUGGUCGGUACAGCUGGAUAGCCCAGGGACUGCUCUAACAGUGGGUGGGUGGAUCAGGCCUUGGGGUCAAAACAAGUGGGGUAGGGAGGGGUCCUGUUUUGACGCGACCCUUUCAGUAAUCAGCAGUGUUCAGUGGAGGCUUUGACUGGCGAGUACCUUGGUCUUAAUUUGCCCUAGCCAGCUGAAUCAGGCCUCUGCUGAGAAUGAUUAUCAUGAUAAUUAUAGAGCUCAGUGGGAGGUGCAGACAGUCACCCAUUGUCCUGGGUGGGGAGGGUCAAAGUCUUGGUACCAAGGACACACUUAGCAUAGGACCUUUAGACACUCAGUGAAGCCAUGUUUUGCAUAAAUCCAGUCAGAUAUAUGUUGUGAGAUUGGGUCGCAAGAGGGUGAUUACUAUCAUUUUAUUUUUUCUUCUUUUUUGUAGGCGUAUUCGCGGACGGUCCUGGGGCCUACCUAUUCCAUGGUGUAGUGGAACAGCAGUACGUAUUUCACGUGAUGGAUUACGCUUUGUGUCUCAGUGAGAGCAAGCAGAAAUCAUGUGAGAAGCACGUGAACAGAGGAGGGAAGCCUACGAGCAAAAGUGGAGCGUUGUCUUUGUCUGUCCACUCGCUCUAUUCUUUACUCCUGAUUGCGAUCUCUUAUGCUGUUUUUGUGGUGCUCGAAGCAUAA